UUUUAAAAGAAAUCUUAACAGCGCCCCCUGUUGAAUGGACUGACUCAGAUCACCCCUGCCACAGCAGACGUAGCAAAACAAGGGAGCGGUCGGCGUGGGGGCGUGCCGAAUCUGACGCAGAUUACGUAGCCAGCUCAGCCAAAUUCUUAACUGGACAAAAUACACCAGCAGGUCAAUUGCUCCUAGCGAGUUUUAAAAAUAGACUUUGCACAUCACCAUGGAAGUAAACGGAUGCAAUAUUCAAGUUCUUCUGCAAGCUGCCGAAUAUUUGGAGAGAAGAGAACGAGAGGCGGAACACGGCUACGCUUCGGUCUUGCCGUUCUACAGCAAAGGGGUGUCCGAUAAACGAAGCAAGCAGAAGAACAAGAAGAACGGCGCUGGAAACAGCAGAUCAGUGCACAACGAAUUGGAAAAACACAGGAGAGCUCAACUGAGACACUGCCUAGAGCAGCUAAAACAGCAGGUUCCGCUCUCUUCAGACUCAGCCAGAAACACCACUCUUAACCUACUGAGAAGGGCACAACUCCAUAUCAAGAAGCUGCAGGAGCAGGCGGAGCGAGCUGAGACGAUGAAGGGCCGUCUGCGCUGGGAACAGCAGGAGCUGCGCGGGCGUCUGGAGAAGCUGCAGGCCGGCGCGCCCAUGGCCUCCGAGAGAAUCCGCAACGACAGCCUCGGCUCAGCCGUCUCCUCCGAACGCUCCGACUCAGACAGAGAGGACGUGGAGAUCGAUGUGGAGAGCAUGGUCUGGACACUGGAGUCAGAUGGCUGCACACACACAGUGGUGGACCACUGUUACUCCACUCCUGACCGUGUAUGGCUAUGAUUGACAGGUGUGUGUGUGUGCAAGUGAGUGUGUGUGUGUGUGUGUGUGUGUGUGUGUGUGUGUGUGUGUGUGUGUGUGUGUGUGUGUGUGUGAGUGAGUGUGAUCAUCCCACUCUGGAGAGUGGAAACAUUCCAAAUCAGUUGAAAAAGAAGACCUGGAAAGAAGACGAAAAACAUCAUGUUCUUUAUUCUCUAUUUUUCAAUAUUUUUUUUAAUUAUAAUCCCAGUCCAUCGGUGAUUCAGACCUCUGUGAUGUUCUAGUCUGAGAUGGAAUUCUACAUUUUAGAGGGUUGAAAAGCAUGUUAAAGACUUUUAAUUUUUAGAGAAAAACAUCCUGAUCAAGAGAGUGCAUUAUCGUAGAGAGAGGACGGAAAAAACCCAACGCAAAAGUGUUGUGAACUCGUGGUGCUGUAGCUUUGGGCAAGCCUUUGCUCACUCACCUCAGAAACUGAAACCUAGCCUGUGCAUUGCAUCUUUUCAGGCUAACUGUCUUCUUUUUGCCCCUCUUGUCAUUCUGUAAACUCACUCUCUGAUUUGACACGUCAGCUCCUAAGCUUGAUUUCAGGAACCGUCUGCACAGAAAAGCUUGCACUUGUGUCCUGGAGUUGAAUCUAUUUAUGGUUUUGUCCAUGCAUCUUGCUCUGAUUUUUUUUUUUUUUUUUUUUGGAUGGCAUUUUUGUUUCAGUGUCCAUUGUUGUACAAACAUCCACAAAGCACUUCGGGGUUUUUUGUCCAUUUUAAAGGGGUGUUUGCCAACAUUUUACAGAUUUUAAUGCAAGAGAUCAUGUUUGCACAUUUUUGAUGGAAAUUAGUUGAAUGAUUUCAUGACAAGGACAAAAUCUCUUCCUCACUGUCAGAGACUCUUAACGCAGAACAAAGCUGUGACUUGACCGGCCGGCCCCUUAUCACCCCUCUUGACUUUUCUGAUUUUAUACAAGAUACGUGUUAAGUAACCUGUUAAAUACAUCUAGGAGAUUAACCUGGGCUGAUGAAGGGUGGCAAUGUCAGCACACCAGUGACGAGUUACAGCUUUGACGCUGCCUUUUACAGAAGAGGAACUCUCUGAGUGCCCUUCACCUUCUGAGCUGUGUGGCAGGAUGGAAAUGUUCUGGCCCUUGCGAUGGGACAGGUUCAUCAUGACUUGUGCUGGGGCUACCACAGAGGAAGAAAAAAACAACAAAUGUUUUUAAUGUUUUUUAAUGUUAAUAACACAAUGUGGGUGUGAUGGUGCAUUGGGGCUCUCUACUCUUCUGAGGCCCUAAGGAAACACAAAAAAAUGCAGUGAAAAGAAGUGUUACUGAUCCAAUACUAUUUCAUUUUUAUUUGAUUUUUUUAAAAAGGUGCUUGACAGGUUUUUUUUUUUUUUGGUUUGGCCACAUAGGACUACCCUUAAGCUAUAAUAACAAAUCUCGAAGGUGUCGCAUGAAGCGGCUAGUUUCUUUGUGGCAACUUUGAGUUAUGUGGCCAAGUCUUAGAACCCUAAAAGGUUAUAGAUGGCACUUUUUCUCUGGAGAGUAGGUUAGCUUUACGUAGAUGUAGUGCUUGCAUGCUCCUACAACAGCUGGUGGCCACUACAGCUGAACGUGCAGUCUGACUUAACAGCUUCCCCCCAAUGAACUGGUACCUCAACAAGGUGCACCUCAACAACAAACAUACCAACCAACCAACAAACAAACAAACAAACAUGUUCAUAUCAGUAAGAAAACAUGUAAGGACCUGGACAAACCAAUCUCCCUCUUGUCACUGUAAUCUGACUUAUGCAACAUGUGUCAGUGGUGGUGUUCACCAGACUUACAACAGGUAUUUGUGAAGGACCUUUGCCUUUUUGAUUGUGACCACCUGAAGCCUUAUAGCCUGUAUCUGUAUCACUGGAAGAAGACCAUCACCUUUGUAUCUCUGUCCUUUCCUACUCCCUGUUUUCCAAUGUAGCAUUUUUAUACUAGUGUAUACACUUUUGUAUAAAUAAAUAUUUUAUGUAUUUAA